UUUUUAUCACGUGAAAAGCCACGGAGAGGCUGAAGUGUGUUCAGUUUGGUAUAUGCAGCGAGACGUGGAUUUAAGGCACUUUUAGCGGAGAGCUACCUACGUUUUGAAGCACCAUUAGCGAGAACGUGUUCGGGCCCGCGGCAGGGGGCGUGGUCGCGCCUCCUCCGCAGCUCCGGUUCCAGCCCAGCCUCACGGACUCCGAGAUGGAAAUCCCGAGGCCGCUCCCAGCUCACGGGACGCCACAGGGCGGCGGCGGCUGCGGCGCUAGCUCCGCGGGCGGCGUCCGGGUCCACCGAAGCCCCGACCUGUCGGCCGCCCAGACCCCGGCACGCCGCCUCCUGCUGCUCCGGGGCCCCCAAGAUGGCGGGCCCGGGCGGCGGCGCGAAGAGGCCCGCACGGCCUCACGGGGCCUGGGCUCGAGCCUGUUGGCGCCGAGGCCCGAUCACGUCGGCGGCGGCGGCGGCGGCGAGGACUUCUUCCUGGUUCUGCUCGACCCGGUGGGUGGCGACGUGGAGACCGCGGGCGCGGGUCAGGCCGCAGGGCCCGUGUGGAGGGAGGCGGCCGAGGUGGGCCCGGGGCCACAACGGGGCGAGAGCGGCGCGAGCCCUUCGGCCAGGCCCGUGCUGGGUGUCCGCUGCCUGUCGGCCACCCCCGCCCGGCCCCCGACCCCCGCCGCCGGCUCAGGCCCCGCGGCGGCCUUCGCGGGCACCAUCACUAUCCACAACCAGGACCUGCUGUUGCGCUUCGAGAACGGCGUCCUCACCCUGGCCACGCCCCCGCUGCCGGCUUGGGAGCCAGGGGUCGCGCCCGCCCCGCAGCCCGCAGAGCUGAUGGCCCCGCAAGCCGGGCUCCCGCACUCCACGCACUCCACGCAGCCUGGCGACUGCCCCGAGCUGCCGCCAGACCUGCUGCUGGCCGAGCCGGCGGAGCCUGCGCCUGCCCCGGCGCCCGAGGAGGAGGCGGAGAGCCAGGCCGCUGCGCAGAGCCCCCGAGGGACGCUGGGCCCAAGCCCGGGCAUGGUGCUGUACCUGUGCCCCGAGGCACAAUGUGGACAGACUUUCGCCAAGAAGCACCAGCUGAAGGUGCACCUGCUGACGCACAGCAGCAGCCAGGGCCAGAGGCCCUUCAAGUGUCCCUUGGGUGGCUGCGGCUGGACCUUCACCACCUCCUACAAGCUCAAGAGGCACCUGCAGUCUCACGACAAACUGCGUCCCUUCGGCUGCCCAGCGGAGGGCUGUGGCAAGAGCUUCACCACCGUGUACAACCUCAAGGCGCACAUGAAGGGCCAUGAGCAGGAGAACUCUUUCAAAUGCGAAGUGUGUGAGGAGAGCUUCCCCACCCAGGCCAAGCUCAGCGCCCAUCAGCGCAGCCACUUCGAGCCAGAGAGGCCCUACCAGUGUGCCUUUUCCGGCUGCAAGAAGACCUUCAUCACAGUGAGUGCCCUGUUCUCCCAUAACCGCGCCCAUUUCAGGGAGCAGGAACUCUUUUCCUGCUCUUUUCCUGGCUGCAGCAAACAGUACGACAAGGCCUGUAGGCUCAAGAUUCACCUGCGCAGCCACACGGGUGAGAGGCCCUUCCUCUGCGACUUUGAUGGCUGUGGCUGGAACUUCACCAGCAUGUCCAAACUCUUAAGGCACAAAAGGAAGCACGAUGAUGACCGGAGGUUCACGUGCCCCGUGGAAGGCUGUGGGAAAUCCUUCACCAGGGCCGAGCAUCUGAAAGGCCACAGCAUAACCCACCUGGGCACAAAACCUUUCGUGUGCCCUGUGGAAGGCUGCUGUGCCCGGUUCUCUGCCCGAAGCAGUCUCUACAUUCACUCCAAGAAACACCUGCAGGAUGUGGACACCUGGAAGAGCCGUUGUCCAGUGUCCACCUGCAAUAAGCUCUUCACCUCCAAGCACAGCAUGAAGACACACAUGGCCAAAAGGCAUAACCUUGGCCAGGAUCUCCUGGCUCAGCUGGAAGCCACAGAUUCUCUUACGCCCAGCAGCGAGCUCACCAGCCAGGGACAGAAUGAUCUCAGUGAUGCGGAGAUAGUGUCUCUCUUCUCCGACGCGCCUGGCAACAGUUCUGCCACGGUGCUGGACACGGCCUUAGUGAAUUCCGGAAUCUUGACCAUCGAUGUGGCCUCUGUGAGCUCCUCUCUGGCGGGGAGUCUCCCUGCCAACACCACUAACUCCUUGGGGCAGGCUGUGGACCCUCGUGCUUUGAUGGCCACCAGUGACCUUCCUCAAAGUCUGGAUACCUCUCUCUUUUUUGGAACAACGGCAGCCAGCUUUCAGCAGAGCUCCUUGGAUACCGAUGAUGUUGUCUCGAGUGCUGCUGCCGGGCCCUUGGGAUCCCUGGGCUCGUUGGCUAUGAAAACCUGCAGCCCGGAGCCCCAGGCCUUGACACCCAGCAGUAAGUUAACAGUGGACACAGAAGCUCUCACUCCUUCCAGCACCCUUUGUGAAAACAGUGUCUCGGAACUGCUGGCACCAACCAAAGCAGAUUGGAAUGUACAUCCUGACUCUGACUUCUUUGGACAGGAGGGACAAGCCCAAUUUGGAUUCUCCAACCCAGCAGGAAGCCAUGGUUCUCGAAAAGAAACAGAUCUUGCCACGGUGACUGGAAGCUCAUUUCUGUUGAACACGGCCCUGGACUACUAGUUUGGGGAUUUAAAUGCCGACCGUGAGUCUGGAACCAACAAGUUGUGUGAUCCUGAGCAAGCCACUUAACCUGUCUGAUCCUUCAGUUACGUAUUUAAAUGUAUUGUGGUUUGAAUUGGCUGUAUAUUCCGUUCCUUUUUUUCAUGAAUCUGUUGUAUUUCUGAAAAAACUUGAGCAUUUUUUUUACAGUGAUCAUUUAUUUUAAGUACUUCUAUUGUGAUGAUAAAUACGUCAACCCUUUGAGCAUUAAAUGGUGUUAGAUCUAGAAACUGUUGUUUUAUUAACUUGAAAAUGUAAUGGGAUUAGUACACAGUGCCAAAAUAAUUAAUCUUGUACUGGAUAUUAAUAGAGAAAUACUAAAGUAUUUUUGAUUCCUACUUUUUUUUUCAUUUUUUCCUACUCUGGCAUACUCAUAAAUUUAUCUGUUUUUAU